GCUCACUGAAGUUUCACACUAUAUAGUUCUGGUAUGCUCUGCGGCUCGUAUUAUCUGUGCUAUAUAGUUGGCCUGCAUGUAGAUGAAAUUGCUGGUGGAGGUAUGAACCAAGGCGAGUAGAAGGUGAUUUUUCGUUUUUCGGGGAUCUUCUAAAUGGGUUGAGAGUGUGGAAUAAAUUUUAAGAAACCUGUGAGCCUCUAGCAAUAGUGUACUACCUGAACAAUUACAUCGCUUGUCAUCAAUAGGUAUACUUUGCAUAUGUUGAUAUGAGAACCAUGCUGUGAAGUUGGUUUCUUAUUUCUCCCAUCUGUCUUAUGGAGUUUUCUGUUGAAACAAAGGGAUUCUAGUCCAGUUUCUGUGACCAAGACUUGUAUAAUUUAGAAGACUGAUUACAAUAGACAUACAUAUACAUAUAUUCUUUUCAGAAUGGUGAAUCUAAAAGUCAAUUUGGACUUCCUGCCAUUGAAAGGUCAAUACUUCUUGUGGAAUGCUGGCACAGCACCGGUUGUUCCAUUCUUGCCAAUCUAUGCUCGUCAGCUGGGUUUUUCGAGCACAAUUGUGGGUAUGAUCUACACAGUACUUCCAAUCACAGGAAUGUUGGCUAAGCCAGUAUUUGGUGCAAUAGCUGAUCAUUAUCGGCUUCAAAAGACCCUCUUUCUGGCAUUCCAGAUCAUUACAGCAAUUAGCUUCUUUGUGAUUCAAUAUAUACCAGAGAUUCAAACUGAGACUACAUCCUCUCAGGCCAUGUUGGACUGUGAUGCUCUUACUUACUUCAAGAUAUGUAGUAAUGAUACAAACAACUGCGCUGCAGCUCGCUUAAUGGCUGAAACAUCAAACAAUGGUACUAUAUUAUGUGAGUUGGAAUGUGCAGCAGAUGCUGGGUUCACAAAGGAAGUCUGUGAAGUCUGGAAUGUUUCACAGUAUUGUAAUUUGAUGAAUGACAUUAACUUGCUGCAGUUUGAUGCUGAAGUACCCUUGAGCCAUACCUUACAGACAUCAUCAGAGCAGACUGGUUCAUGCCUGCAUUUCAGAGUGCAUCGUGCAUUCAUUGGAUCUUCAUUUCAUGUACCUUACUGCAGGAACCUAACUACAACACCAUGCAGAGUUCAGUGCAGAGAUCCUGCUGUCAAUGAGGUGUUCAGGGAGCCUGCUGUGAAUGACGUGAACGUUGCAGAUUUCUACCAGUUUUGGCUCUUCUUUCUCCUCAUGGUUUUCAGCUGGGUCAGCAUGGCUGUUGUUGUGUGUGUGGGUGAUGCAAUUUGUUUUGAGAUGUUGGGAGACCAGUCUUCUCGUUAUGGACACCAGCGACUCUGGGGUGCUGUUGGGUGGGGAAUAUUUGCUAUAAUCUCAGGCUUUCUUGUAGAUGAAUUGAGCAAGGGGCGUGCUCAAAAGGACUACACAGUUGUCUUCUAUCUAAUGCUCUUCAUGUUGAUACUUGAUGUUAUUGUGUCCUCAAGACUUAAGCACAGCCAGACAAAAUUAUCGACCAGUAUAGUGCGAGAUGUGGGGAAGCUUCUUACUGAAAUAAGAAUUGUGAUUUUUAUGCUCUGGUGCGUAGCUGUUGGACUAUCCACCGGUCUACAGUGGAACUUCCUUUUCUGGCAUCUGGAGGAUCUGGCAACUACAGAAGGUUGUGACAUGCUGCACUGGAUGAAGACAAUUGAAGGUCUUGUGAUGGGUGUACAGUGUUUUGGUGGAGAACUGCCAUUCCUCUUUCUGUCUGGUCGUAUUCUUCGUAAAAUUGGGCAUGUACAUGCCAUGUCGCUUGUCCUCUUUGCAUUUGGUAUACGAUUUAUCAUAUACUCUAUUCUCAAGAAUCCCUGGUGGUGCCUUCCAGUGGAACUCUUUCAGGGAUUCACAUUCGGAUUAUUUUAUGCGACAAUGACAUCAUAUGCCAGCGUAGUGGCUCCUCCUGGCACAGAGGCCACUGUUCAGGGAACUGUGGGGGCAGUGUUUGAAGGAGUUGGUGUGUCUGUAGGCAGUCUGCUAGGAGGUAUACUGUAUGACAAGUUUGAUGGGGCAACAACAUUCCAAAUUUAUGGUAUAGUCUCACUGGGCUUGUUUGUUGUACAUUUCCUGGUGCAGAUCAUCAUAGGCAGGAAGAGAGAAGGCAGUGAGCAGGCUAGAGAUUCUGGUUCAUCAGCACGGUAUGCAGCUCCCAAUGAAGCACUUGACAUGAUGGAUGAUAUGCAGGAGCUGACACCAUCAUGAAAAUGGUUUUAUCUCUGCCUUUGGAAUGUACUUGAGGUUAAUAAUUCAAUGUAAUAUUGAUAUUAUUAUAACUCUUUGCAUCUGACAUCAGUUGCACUGAACUGCUUACAACAGGGUUUCUCGUCCUCUUACUCUUGCUGUUGAACUCUCGAAUACUAGAAACCAGAUGAAUAUUACUGGUAUCAGUAUUCAGAGCAUCAUGUUCAUUCUGUAAUGGUGGUCAGUAUUAAGGCAUUUCAAAUUUGUUGUUUUUCUUGUACUAGAUGUAUAUUAUUUUAUGAUAUAAAUUUGGUUAUACUUAAAAUG